ACAAACACACAAAAAAAGACUUUUGCAUCACUCUCUCUCUCUCACUCACUAUCAAACAAGAAUAAUAGAAGCCACUUAUUCUUAAUAACAAAAUAAUACUUCCCUUUAAUAAACAAAAUAAAAAGCAUGUUAUGUAGUGGGGUUUUAGAUUUUUCAUAAUAUAUAUGUACAUAUAAUGAAAGCUUCUUACCUUUUGUUUGAAAAUCAUUCUUAGGGUUCUUCAUGACAUGAGGGAUCCUUGAGAGUUAUUUUUUUCUUUUUAUAUUUUGGAGUGAUGCAUGUUUUUUUGGCUUGAUUUUUGGAUUUCCCUUUCAUUUGGGUUUUUUAAAGAGAAAAAAAUUAAAGUUAGCUAUGAAUUUCGUCGCUUAAUUAUGUAUAGCUAAUAUAAUAUUUUCGUUAUUUUUAAGUAAGAUUAUUGACAUAUUUUAUUAUUUUAGGUACUAAAUUUUAUUUUCGUUAUUGCUAAGUAGGAUUAUUGACAUAUUUUAUUAUUUUAGGUACUAAAUUUAUGUGUCGCUAAUUUUUUUUUCGAUAGUGUUUCAAAUAAAGGUACUUUUUUUUUUCCUUUUUUAAUUUAUUAUUAUGGAGGGGAAUUAUGGAGAGGCUAUUGAGUGGGAUUGCCAAUUAUUUGAUGAAAAUGUUUUUAAUAAAAGUUUCCCCAAGCCUAGCAUUGCCCAACGCCGGGAAGAAAAAUGUGGUUUCAAUGCUUCCGGCAUGAGUACUCCGGCGAUGUCGCCACCACCGGAUAGGCAAACUUUUCUUACUAUACCACCGGGACUAGCUCCGACAGCAUUGCUUGACUCUCCGGUUAUGCUUUCGAAUCCACAGGCACCACAAUCUCCUACUACUGGAAGCUUUCAACAGUUCCCCAACUCGAUGUCCAGUACUCCUCCUCAUGUGGUCAUCAAUGCUAAUUGUCCAAUCAAGACUAAUAAUGUCAUUGAUCAUCAUCUUCAUCCCCUCUUAUUUCCAUCUUCAUCAAACACUCAAUCUCAGAUUACAUCGAGAUAUCAUGAAUUAGGUACCUUCAGUUCAGAUAUAAAGCAUGAAGAAAACAUGAGUGGAAUAAUUAACUUCACAAAUACUAGUAAGCAAGAAAAUUGCCAUCGUGCAAUGAAUCCAAAUAUUAGUAAUUCAAUCGGACCAGAUGAUGGAUAUUCUUGGAGAAAAUAUGGUCAAAAAACCGUCAAAGGUAGUGAAUUUCCUAGAAGCUACUAUAAAUGUACUGGACAAAAUUGCUCUGUGAAAAAAAAAGUAGAACGUUCACAAAAUGGAGAGAUCACAAAAAUUAUUUACAAUGGUGAACAUAAUCAUCAGAAAUCUCAACCUAUUCGACGUGCAAUAACAAGUUCCAAGUCCUAUGAUUUACCAGAAGAAAAGAAUGGUGGCUCAAAUAUGCAAUUUGAAGACAAUAAGAAUGUUAGCGCUCUUUCAUUAAUAUUAAAUCAUGCAAACAUUAAUAUGAAUCUAUUUGAAACUACUCGUGAGUCUUGUUCGCCACUUGUGAGUUGUGAGGAUGAAGAUGAAGAUGAAGAUGAAGAUGAGGUUAGAGCCAUAGAAGGGAUCAUUUCCGUCGAUGAUAAUGAAUUUGAGCAAAGGAGGAGAAGAGACUAUUGUUAUCCCGCUGAAAUGAAUUUAUCGUCGAGAACAACAAAAGAACCAAGAGUGAUCGUUCAAAUAGAGAGUGAGAUUGAUAUUCUUGAUGAUGGUUAUCGCUGGAGAAAAUAUGGCCAAAAAGUUGUGAAAGGCAACCCGAAUCCAAGGAGCUAUUACAAAUGUACAAGUCCAAGUUGUCCAGUAAGAAAACAGAUCGAAAGGGCACCCGAUGACAUUAAAUCAGUCAUCACAACAUAUGAAGGAAAACAUAAUCAUGAAGUUCCUUCAAUAAACAAGACAAAUGGUGCUACGGUUGGAAAUCAAACUUCACCUCUAAUUUCAAAUGAUAAAUCUUCUAUAUUGCCAUUUUCAGAAAGUCAUAAAAUUUCAAAUAUUGAAACGCAAGUACAAGAUUUUAACUUCCAAUUGGAAAGAAAGCCCUUUGGAUAUACAAGACCAAAUUUUGUUGAAAAUCAACUUAGUAACCUUCGAUGUGGACCCCUCUAUGACUUGAGAUUACCAUCUAACCUUCUAUCCUACAAUUCAUUUCUCUUUAAUUCUACACAAACAUCAAAUUCACUCCCAUUUAAUCUACAAAUGCCUGAUUUUUCAUUGCCCAAUAGAAUACCUCCUCCUGAUGAAUUUCAUUUUAAUGAUCUCCAAUAAACACCAAAUGGUGCUUAUAAUUCUAGUAAUAAGAAAUCAAAAGCUUAUUUACGAGAUCAACAAUAACCAUCUCUUGACAUAGGAAAUAAAAACUUAUUCAAGAGAUGAACAAUAACAAUAAAAAUUCAACAAUGAAACAUCUAUUUCAUUCUUCAGAUAUGUUAUGGACAAUUCUUCAGAUAUUGCACCUUCGAAAGAAGGUAAGAGUACUGAAAUGCUAAUAAAGAAAAAAAAGGAAUGGAAGAUGGAGAAAGGUUGAAACUAACAUAGUCUCAUUGUUUUUGGCUUUUAAAAAUGUUUCACGGAUUGAUUUCUAUGUUUUUAUUGUUUUUAACUCAUUUUUUGGUGAUGAACUCAUGUUGGAAUAAAAUCUACCCUUUUUUGUAUGUCA